GUGUGUGUGUGUGUGUGUGUGUGUGUGUGUGUGUGUGUGUGUGUGUGUGUGCGCGCUCGUGUGAGAAAGAGAGAGAAGGGUUUUGGGGGCCCUUCGCUGGGGCGGGGCAGUGGACGCCGGGAUCCCGGGUGGGGCGCGGGCCCGUCCGUGGAGGAUUGCGGGGGCGGGACAGAAGGACCAGGGUCCCUGCAUGCGAAGAGUUGCGGGUUAGACCCCGUCGUAGGAGGCGCCCUUUCUGAAGCCAAUGCAGACCGGGAGUUUCCCACCUGGAGUGCCCGCUCUGAAAAGAAGGGGGAGCAUCCUCCAGGACCGAAAUCAGGGAGGACAGGUGUGAGGCCAGUACACCUUUGACUCAAUGGGGCUUAAUUGGUUACAAAAUGUCCUCCUAUGCAUGAGAUCUACAGACUAUAUGUUCUUCAAGAACUGAUCAGUGGUUUUCACCUUCUGGAAGAACAUUAGAAGCAUAAAUAUGGUGCCAAAACUCCUCAUUCUCUGACUGUGGUGAUCUGGACCUACUUUUGUGUUGAAGAGAAGUAUACACGCUGAGGUCACUCAUUGUUCAGAGACUGUCGUGUAGGAACAUGGACCAUUCUAAUAGAGAAAAGGAUGAUAGACAACGGACAACUAAAACCAUGGCACAAAGGAAUACACACUGUUCCCGACCAUCUGGCACUUCAACAUCCUCUGGGGUUCUCAUGGUGGGACCCAACUUCAGGGUUGGCAAGAAGAUAGGGUGUGGGAACUUCGGAGAGCUCAGAUUAGGUAAAAAUCUCUACACCAAUGAAUAUGUAGCCAUUAAACUGGAACCAAUAAAAUCACGUGCUCCACAACUUCAUUUAGAGUACAGGUUUUAUAAACAGCUCGGCAGUGCAGGUGAAGGUCUCCCACAGGUUUAUUACUUUGGACCAUGUGGGAAGUACAAUGCCAUGGUGCUGGAACUCCUCGGCCCUAGCUUGGAAGACUUGUUUGACCUCUGUGACCGAACGUUUACUUUGAAGACGGUGUUAAUGAUAGCCAUCCAGUUGCUUUCUCGAAUGGAGUAUGUACACUCAAAGAAUCUCAUUUACCGAGAUGUCAAACCAGAGAACUUCUUGAUUGGCCGACAAGGCAAUAAGAAAGAGCAUGUAAUACACAUUAUAGAUUUUGGACUGGCCAAGGAAUACAUUGAUCCUGAAACCAAAAAACACAUACCUUACAGAGAGCACAAAAGCUUAACUGGAACUGCGCGAUACAUGUCUAUCAACACACAUCUAGGCAAAGAGCAAAGCCGGCGGGAUGAUUUGGAAGCCCUGGGCCAUAUGUUCAUGUACUUCCUUCGAGGCAGCCUACCCUGGCAAGGACUCAAGGCUGAUACAUUAAAAGAGAGAUAUCAGAAAAUUGGUGAUACCAAAAGGAGUACUCCCAUCGAAGCUCUCUGUGAGAACUUUCCAGAGGAGAUGAUGACCUACCUUCGAUAUGUCAGGAGAUUAGACUUCUUUGAAAAACCUGAUUAUGAGUAUUUACGGAACCUCUUCACAGAUCUGUUUGAACGGAAAGGCUAUACUUUUGACUAUGCCUAUGAUUGGGUUGGAAGGCCUAUUCCUACUCCAGUAGGAUCAGUUCAUGUAGAUUCUGGUGCAUCUGCAAUAACUCGAGAAAGCCACACACACAGGGAUCGACCAUCACAACAACAGCCUCUUAGAAAUCAGACCACAUCUUCAGAGCGCCGAGGAGAGUGGGAAAUCCAGCCCAGCCGGCAGACCAAUACCUCAUACCUGACGUCUCACUUGGCCGCAGACCGCCAUGGGGGUUCAGUACAGGUGGUUAGCUCAACCAAUGGAGAGCUGAAUGUUGAUGACCCCACUGGAGCUCACUCCAGUGCACCGAUCACAGCUCAUGCCGAAGUGGAGGUAGUGGAGGAAGCUAACUGCCUGAAAAUGCUCAACCUGUGGUGCUGCUGUUUCUUUAAGAGGAAAAGGAAGAAGACUGCUCAGCGACACAAGUGACCAGUGCCUCCCAGGAGUCCUCAAGUCCUGGGGACUCUGGCUCCAAUUGCACCUGCAGCUCCUGCCAUUUCUCAUUGGAAGGGACUCCUCUGUGGGGGAGGGUAGAGAUCCAAACCAAAAAGAAGAAAACAGAUGCCCCCAGAAGGAGCCAGUGCAGGCAGCCAGGGCCAAGUGGGCCAGUGGCAAUCCCCUCUGUCUGAGCUCUGAGCGGGUCCAGAGCUGCUGCUUCUCCACUGCUUGCCCUUGGGCUAUCUGGUUGACUCUCUUCCCAUUGUUUACAGUGAAGGUGUCAUUCACAAAAACUCAAGGACUACUGUUCUCUUCCCUUCUCUUCCUUUACUCCUGGCUCUUGCACCAUCCUCAACCCUCUCCAGCAUAGAAACUACUAAGCUAAAGGCUCUGUCAAGAAGCUGGUGGUGUGGCCAAGAAGAUAGGGGAAGACGACAGCCCUGGGCUGGAGAACGUCUCCACGUCCCAGAUGUGUCUGGUAGUAUGGUUUCCUCCUUCUGUGCCUGGGUAACCCCUCAGCCCAGCUGGCCACAGGGUUCUGGUCCCUUUCUUGGUCCCUCCCUCCCUCCCUCCCUCCCUCCUGUGAAGUUACACUCUGGGACACAAGCUGUGAGCAAUCUGCAGUCUACUGUCCCUGUGUAUUGGCAUUCUUAGCUUUUUUGACAAGCAGAUCCUUUGCUCCAGGCUGUAGCAAAACAAGCCUGUGGUUCUGAGCAAAGGAGAAGAAACUGACUUUAUUGCACUUUUAGUUUGGGGGUUUGUUUUUUUUAUUUUGUAAACAACAUGGCAGAUGCAUAUUGUGUCUGGUUAUAUUGGGGGGUUACUUUUUUCUUUUUUCAAGGGGGAUGGGCCAGCCAAGCCAUUCAGAGAAAAUGUGGGUCCAGAGGACAUUCUUGAUGGAAAGAGUCUGAUUUGCAGCACUUGGAAGAGAAGAAGCCAAACUCUGCGUCAUCCUGAGUAAAUACUCAGGUUGGCAAGGAAACAUACUUGAAUUUUCAUUCAUCUUCUCUGCUGCAGAAAAAAGUCCCCACCAGAGCCCCUUGACCUAAUCAGCCCAGAGCUGGAAAGCCCAGCUCCUGAGCACUUGGGAUGAGCACCGAGCCAGACUGUGACGACCAGAAGGCACCUCACCUCAGAGAGGAGAUACUUAACAACAACAACAAAACAAAAUUUCUGUUUCCUCCACUGCCAGGGACUUCCUACUAGAUAGCCAUGUGACUUUCUGUUGACUCGGGGAACAAAAUUAGUGACUAAACAGCCACCACCAUAUUGCCAGUAGUGGACAAAAGAAGGCACCAAAUUUGCCUUCCAACUGCCAGAGGAAGCUCAGGAUGCAGCAUCCUAGGGCCAUGAAAAGAAAAAUAAAUAUUUUCUGUCUGCCUGAAGUGAGCUAGAACAUUUGGGUCAGUCUGCCUUAGAACCCAGGCCUGUGGAAUCUUGGAGCAUAUCCAUGGCAGCAGGCUUAGAACUCGGUACGUGGGCUGCAGUACGCAGGGAAGGUAAGACUGGUUGGUGCUAGGAAAUUCCAGGGAAAAGGAAACUGUAAUGAAAGGUCUACAAUUUAUCUUACAAUUGAACAGACUCUGUCCAGAUAAUAUGACCACAUAUCUUAGCAUGUUUUCCCCAUACACUCUACCUGUCACCAUUUUCUUCCCUGGACAUACCACCAUGAAGCAUCACUGGCUGCAGAGUUAACUGCGUGGGGUUACUCUUCCCAUGUUCUAUUUCAUUUGAGAUUAGUAGCAUUUCCAGAUGGUGACUUCUUAUACUAGUUGUGGCAAGAAGAAUUUUUCAUGUGGGAAAAGAGGUCUGUGUCUGGGUAUAAAGAGCUAAGCACAUAGGACAGUGGCUAGUGACUUAGUGCAGCACAGAACCCUUUGCUUGUUUAUGUAGAGGACUGGAAGAUGUCAGGACACUUGGUGGUCAUGGGUCAAAUUUAGUAUCGGAUGAAGCAGAGAGUUCGUGCGCCUUACCUGUUCUGUGGACCUUGGCUAGGGAAUCUCUCCUCCCACUGCCUUCAGACCUGCUCAGCAUUUGUGAAGAUGGCCACCUGGCUGUUUCUAUACAUGAAAUGUUCUUGUCUGUGAAACAGAGUGGCAGGGAGAAGUCAGGUCAAAUCCCUUUCCCAUAAGGAAUUUGAGUGUUAGGAUUUGCUUCCUUUUUACUCUAUAGUAGUUAAAGCUCAUUACUAAAUUUUAUAUAGUCCCUCGUUUGGCAUGUGGGCAACUCUGACUACCCCUACAGAAACUUAAAAAUCCUCAUCCCAGGAAAUGGUGGCAAGGCCUAGAGCAUCCUGGCACUCUCUGCCCCACUAAGUGCCUCCCCCACCCUGCUUCCAAGACAAAGCAAAGGCAGUGGCCUGCUUGGCUGCAGGGUGGGGUGCCCUGCAGCUGGGCUUAAGACUUCUUUUUUGUCUUAAAAUAUUUUUAUAGGCUAGCUCUUGAGUGGUUGAACCUGAGUGGUUUGUGGGUGUGGGGGAGGGUCCUUCCUACUACACUGUUGGCACCCUCCAACCCCCACAAAUCCCUUAAUAAAUAUUUGGGUUUUGUAGCAAAGGUCCCUUUAAAAUGCAGGAUGGGUGGUGAUCCUUUCAAAGCUAUUGACACCCUAAGGUGAUCCCAACCCUGAGUAAUUCUCUUAUCUUCUUUAAAAUUAAAAUAUAACUGAAUUCCCCAGGGACAAUCUGUUCAUCAGUUCAGCCCCCACCCCACCCCACCCCACCCCAGCACGUCAAGCUGCAUGCACAUCCCUGUUUCUUUUACCUGCCUGACUGCAAACUCAGCCAGAUCCACGGGCACAGGCACUCCCUCCAUCUUCCUGCAUCUAAGUCCACUUACUCCACCUCAGGUAUGACACCUGAGGACAGUUUUCUUUAAUAUUGAUGCAUUUACUUCCCCUUAAACUAACUCACCUGUUCCCUGAGAUGGGGCAUUUCAUACUGUGCUAUUUGGAGUUUUCCUCAAGCUUUGCUGACCUUGAGACAUUGCAGUCUGAGCAUACUAAGUAAGGUCCAACCGGACCAGGGCUACACCACGGUGUAAAGUGUCCAGGCAUACAAGUGGGCUUUCAGAGUACUUACUCAGACUGCCCACAAGGCUGCACUGAAUGUGCCAGCAGCUAGUGAGCACUCCUGACUGCCUUAAUUAACAUUCUUCUAUUCUGGGUCUGUCCAGGAGCAAACAGGGUCUGUGAAGGUAUGUGUAAGUCAGGUGACUAGCUAAGUCUCCAGUUCAAAUUCCCAUUUCAGGGGUUGGGGAUUUAGCUCAGUGGUAGAGCGCUUGCCUAACAAGCACAAGGCCCUGGGUUUGGUCCUCAGCUCCGGAAAAAAGAAAAGAAAGGAAAAAAAAAAAAAUCCCAUUCCAAUUGGAACAAACUGCAGGAAACAGCAAGGAUUCCAAGAUUUCUGAAAGUGUUAAAUUUCCUUUUCAUUUUUAGUGAAUGACAAGAACUCAGAAAACAGCCGAUGUCCACUAGCCAGCUGGUGUCCAUUUCUGUAAAAUACCUUCCAGUUUAGUUCAGAAGAAAAGUGUGCUGUAGCGCUUAUUGAGUGUUGAUGUUCAAUGUUAGCAACCACGUGAGAUGCCACAAGUGUGCUGUUAAAGUGGUUGGUAAGGAUCAUAGCCUUAUUUUAAAAAAUAAUGUAAAAGAUAAUUCAUUCCCCUCCAUGAGCAAGUAUGGCUGCAUUUCUCAAGAAUAACGCCACAGAAGCCUAGGAAGCGUUUCCUCACAAGAACUUGGUCUUAGUUUCUUUUGAUCAAUCCCUCCCAAGCCCAUAGAACUCCUGAAUCCCAGCCACCUCUCCCAUGUUCAUAAGUGAAACCAGUUUUUCACUUUUGUUUAGUUGCUCUGAUGAUACUUUAUCUAGUGUCGGUCAUGCCAUGGCCUGAGUUUUUAAGACCAGGAGUUGUAUGGUCAUAUAACCAACAUUGCCUUUGCUAGGCCACUGCCACCAUCCCCUCCAUUGCCCCAAGUGGGCAGGUUGAUUCCAGAGUCCCUCAGGGAGCCAGAAUAACUAGGUACCCAUCUGGAUUGGCCAUUUGGGUAAUGAGCACUUACCUCUGGGUUUCUUGAUUUUGCAGAUUGAUGGCCAAGACUCCAGCCUUCCCCAUGAUGGGUUGGUAGGAAUCAAAUUAAAUCCCUUUGUUUAUUGGGCAACUUUGUGUUAAGGGCGUUAGGUUUUUUGUUUUUUGUUUUUUUUUUGGUUUUUGGUUUGUUUUUUUUGUUGUUGUUGUUGUUGUUUUUUUUUUUUUGGUUUUUUUUUUUUUUUUUUUUUUUGAUUAUGAAAAAGAAGAGGUCACCAUAUGGGGCCCUUCUGUGAGUUUGUAAAGUUUUGAGCAGUGUUUUCUUCACCAGUCUUGGGAGUCUCUGAUCCAAUAACCAGUCUUAACAUUUUUUUUUUUUUUUUUUUACUUUUGAAAGUAACUAAGUACAGAGAUUAGAGUUCUUAUUGUAUUCAAAAUAGUAGACCCCUGAGUGUAGGCAAUAGUAGUUGAAAUAUUUUCUCAAAAAAACAAAACAAAACAACCAGGAAACCCACUCCAGUAUUUAUAGAUCAGCUUAUCAAGAAAAAAAGUGAAUAUGCACUCAAUGUGUCUCUAGUUCAGUUACCAAACUUGAUAUUAUAAAGAAACCUCAGUUGUGUGGACAGGAUCCCCCCCCCCCCAAAAAAAAAAAAAAAAACUCUUUUCUGGUGCCAUCACCACCUUUAGGGUCUAAAAGCAGAGGAUCAUCUGUGAUGAUAAGCCAGAAAGGAAUGCACAGGCAAUUCCCAUCCUGAUUGCCCCCAAACGGACCUUUCAGGGUUGGUGAAACUUUUUGCUGCCCCUCUUUGGGCACUCCAGACCAAAUCCCAGGCCAUUCCAUGCACCGAAAGCCUUUCAGAAGGCUUACCAAUCUGUUAGGAAUGUCUCAGGAAACAUGAGCCAUUUCUUGGGGAAUACAUGUAUUUACAAAUGGAUGUAUGCAGUCUGCUGUAUGUGUUUUAUUCUCAGAGACAGCACAAGCUCCUGGGAACUGUGUUCCUUAGUGUUCUCAGUGAGCUGCUCAGACCAGUGAGUAAGCUGGCUCUGGGAAAGAGCUAUGUUUGUCAAGCAGAGAAUGGCAGAAAAAAUGAAACCAAAAAUGCUAUCACUCUCCAAUGGAAAGUCGCGUUGAUGCAGCAAUUCCCAUUGGAUGUAUUACACUCUGAUUCAUCGUUUGUCUCAAGUGUUACCCAUUGUACUCUUUAGAAGGUGUUAGGAUGUUGGUCUCAAUUUUUUUAAGUAGAUGAUGUAUAAUCAGCUAUGGAAAUCAGUUUUAAUUCAUGUGUGGAUGUGUCUAGUUAUUGUUAAAUGUUCUUUUUUUUUCCUACUUUUUUAAAGAUACGUAAUGUUUCAUAAUCCCUGGCACUGGUCAAAAAAAAAACAGCUGUGAAAAAUGAAAUUGUAUUUUUUUUUUUUUUUGGUUCUUUUUUUCGGAGCUGGGGACCGAACCCAGGGCCUUGCGCUUCCUAGGUAAGCGCUCUACCACUGAGCUAAAUCCCCAGCCCCGAAAUUGUAUUUUUUAAAUGAAUGUCAAUUUCAAGUGUAUUUGAAAUGUUUCCUCCAGUUGACAGAUUUGAACACCAUUAGAGAAGACUUCUUUGCAGAGGAAGUAGCCUUUGGAGAAAGUGGAAUGUGGGUCUGGAUAUGUUAUCUCAGAGUAGCCCAUUUCAUAGGGCACCAUGACAACACAAAUGUGAUCUUUAAGUAUACCUCUUCCCCUUGGGGAAGGAAGGACUCAGUUUGCACCCUUUUUGUAUGUAAAAUAAAAUGUCCUACCUUUCUUGGCUACUUUUA